AUGAAGCUUUUGAACUUGAUCAGAGAAUUCGAGAGGCUACAGAUGAAGGAGUCUGAGUCAAUCAAAGAAUACUUAGACAAGCUGAUAGAUAUUACUAACAAGGUAAUGGUUCUUAAGACUAAUCUCUUUGAUCGUAGACUAGUGCAAAAAAAACUAGUUUUUGUGCCUGAGAAGUAUGAAGCAACAAUUUCUUCUUUGGAAAACACCAAAGACUUGACUCAGCUGAGUGUAGUGGAGUUGAUCAGUACUUUACAAGCAAAGGAGCAGAGGAGGCUAUUAAGGCAGGAAGGAAGCAUAGAAGGAGCAUUAAAGGCUAAGAUGCAGUAG